AUGAUAUUCAAUUGUUGUGUGAAAAUGAAAGAAUAUCCGUUUCCCCAAUUCGAAGAUAAAGAAUGGAUAUGUGAUUUUGCCUUUCUGGUCGAUAUAACUCGGCAUUUGAAUGACUUAAACAUAAAACUUCAAGGAAAAAGCCAGUUUAUUCAUAACAUGUUUGAUAAAAUUAAUGCUUUUGAAAGCAAAUUCAAAAUUUGGAACAAACAUUUGUUGUCAGACAACACACGUGGAAAGAGUCCGGAUAAGUUACAAAUGGAAUUAAUAGAUUUACAAAACGACACGAGACGACAUUUAGGAAAUAAAUUUCAAAAUGUUGACAUACAUAAUUUCUAUCAAAAUUAUAUGAAUUUAGAAAAAUUCCCACGAUUAGGCGCAUAUACAAAGCAAAUAAUGACACUUUUUGGAAGCACCUAUGUUUGCGAACAAUUAUUUUCUGCAAUGAAAAUAAUUAGAAGCGAUCACCGAUCGAGAUUAAAUGAUAUACGGUUAGAAAGCUGUGUGCGAGUUGCUGUGUCGUCUAUAUCUGCAAAUAUAGACCAUUUGAUGACAAAGAAGCAAUGCCAAAUUUCUCAUUAA